AUGGCGUUCCUGGCCACGUGCUUCGAUUCGUCCUUCUCCAUGAACACCGUCGCUUCCGCGACGUCCCCUGUUCGCAGCAUCGGCUUUUUCAGCGUUCUUAGGCGCUGCCGCAUCAGCGCGACCCUGACCACCACGGCACCACCCACCUCUACCUUCUCUUUCGAAUCCCCCCAUUCCUCUCAAAAUCUAGAGCCUUCUUCUCUCCUCUCCCUUCCCUGGUUCCCCUUCGUCUCGCCCAGAUCCUCAAAUCAAAUCCGCCGCGUCGGCGGCGUCGAGAUCCUGAGACAGAUCGAUUGCGGGAGGGAUUCCGGCGUGCCAAUGUCGAAUCCCACGGCGGCGGUCAUCCCCAGGCCCAGCGGCGGAGGAGGGAGCGAGGAGGAGGUGGAAGAAGAGGAGGAGGAGGAGGAGCUGGUGGAGAUCCGGGAGGUGUGGGCGGACAACCUGGAGAAGGAGUUCGCGCUGAUCCGCGACGUGGUGGACAAGUUCCCCUUCGUCGCGAUGGACACGGAGUUCCCGGGCAUCGUGUGCCGCCCUGUCGGCGCCUUCCGCUCCUCGGCCGACUACAACUACGCCACCCUCAAGGCCAACGUCGACAUGCUCCACCUCAUCCAGCUCGGCCUCACCUUCUCUGGCCCGCGCGGCGAGCUCCCUGUUAUGGGUGACGGCCGCCGCCGAUGUGUCUGGCAGUUUAACUUCCGCGAGUUCGACGAUGCUCAUGACAUCUUCGCCUCCGACUCCAUCGAGCUCCUCCGCCGCAGUGGCAUCGAUUUCCGACGCAACGCGGAGCGUGGGGUCGACGCCCGUCGCUUUGCUGAGCUCCUCAUGUCCUCCGGUGUUGUGCUCAACGACUCCGUCUACUGGGUUACCUUCCAUGCGGGCUACGACUUUGGUUACCUGCUCAAGAUACUCACUUGCAGCAGUCUUCCAGACACGCAGGCUAGCUUCUUUAAGCUCAUGAAGAUAUAUUUCCCCACCGUUUAUGACAUCAAACACCUCAUGAAGUUCUGCAAUAGCCUGCACGGUGGGCUGAACAAGCUUGCAGAGCUACUUGACGUGGAGCGUGUCGGAGAGUCUCAUCAGGCCGGUUCCGAUAGUUUUGUCACUUCCUGCGCGUUCUGGAAGCUCAAGGAUUCGUUCUUCGGUGGCUCUACCGAGAAAUAUGCUGGAGUAUUGUAUGGGCUCAAUGCAGAUAAUGGUGUCAGUGUACAUUGAUGGAAUGGUACUCCUCUUGGAAUUUUAGGUUUGUGAAUGGAUUGAUUUAGGACAGAAAAUGUGACAAAUGAUCAAAGAUGUUAUGUAGGUCAAGUUUGUCUUGCUCCAUUUGUGUUUUAAUGUGAUCCUAGAGUUCUUCAGUUAUUCAUGUUGUAGUUUAAGUUGUUCUUUCUGCUUUCAUUUCUCCUACCUGGAUUAGUUAAAUAAGAAGAAAAGAUCACCUUGAGAGAUUAGUACAUG